CCGUAUCUUUCCAACCCCUUGUGAACCUCUCAUUCUCCACCCCCGCCCCCCUCCGACGAUGCCAUGGCUUCUGGUUUCAGUCCUCUUGCUAAUCCUCAUCCUCCUCUCGAAAUUCACAUACUCCAAUCUCUUUACCCCGCUAAAGCUACAGCGCCACUUCACAAAGCAAGGCGUCCGGGGGCCCGGCUACCGUCCGAUCCUUGGCAACACGGCGGAGAUCAAACGCCUUUUCACAGAGGCUCAGUCGAAGCCCAUGCCGUUCGACCACAGGAUCCUCCACAGGGUGGCUCCUUUCUUCCACCACUGGUCCCUCAAGUACGGGAGGACUUUUGUAUAUUGGUUCGGGUCGAGGCCUAUGCUGGGCAUCUCGGACCCGGACAUGAUCAAGGAGGUCCUGACGAAUACUGGCAGGUUGUACGACCAGGUCGAGUUCAACCCACAGGCUCGGGAGCUGUUCGGGCAAGGCCUUGUUGGGCUAGUGGGCGAGAAGUGGGCCAUUCACCGGCGGAUCGCUAACCAGGCCUUUACUAUGGAGAGAGUUAAGGGGUGGAUCCCGGAGAUCGUGGCGAGUGCGGCCAAGAUCCUGGACACGUGGGACAAGAUGCGAGGAGAAAGAGAGGAGUUCGAGGUGGAGGUGUUUAAGGAACUACAAGGGCUCUCGGCUGACGUCAUCUCGAGGACUGCUUUCGGGAGCAGCUUCGAAGAGGGCAAGCGCAUAUUCGCCUUGCAAGAGCAGCAGAUGCACCUCUUCACUCAAGCCAACCAGAACAUUUACAUUCCUGGCUUCAGGUUCCUACCGACUCGGAAGAACAGGCAGAGAUGGAGAAUAGAGAAGGAAAUCCGGCACGCGGUCUUGAAGCUGAUUGAGAACAACUUGAAAUCGAGAGAGAAUUUGUCCAAUUUUCUCGCUCUCCUAACAUCAUCCCACGAAGAAGAAAGAUUAGGAGUGGAGGAAGUCAUAGACGAAUGCAAGACUUUUUACUUCGCGGGAAAAGAAACGACGGCCAUGCUUCUCACUUGGGCGCUUCUCCUCCUGGCGAAGCACCAGGAAUGGCAGGACAAGGCCCGGGAAGAAGUGAUCCGCGUCAGCGGGAAAACCGGGCUACCGGGUGCUGAAAAUCUGAACGAGCUCAAGAUUGUAACGAUGGUAUUGAAUGAAACACUCAGACUGUACCCUCCUGUGGUGACAGUGACGAGGCAAACCCUUGAAGAUGUGCAGCUAGGAGACCUUCAAAUUCCAGCAAAAACGGAGCUCUACUUGGCCUUCUCUACUGUGCAUCGCGACCCCGAGAUGUGGGGCGAAGACGCGGAUGAGUUCAACCCAACAAGAUUCACGAAGCCCCGGAACCACCUGGCCGCGUUCCUCGGGUUCGGGCUCGGCCCCAAAACCUGCGUAGGCCAGAACUUGGCCAUGGUCGAGGCCAAGGUUGUUCUGGCCAUGCUGGUUAGGCGAUUCACCUUUGAGGUGUCGCCUUCGUAUGUUCAUGCUCCGAUGCCUCUUGUGACCUUACAGCCUCGGUAUGGGGCGCCGAUCAUCUUGAGGAGGACUCAUAUUUGAAUCUGGUUCAUUUUCCUUUCUUUUGUUUUUGUUUGUGGACUUCUGUUUGUAACAUGGUCGCAUAGUGUGAGGGAAGACAAUUUUUAGGUCUUGAAAUAGAAACUUCGUUUUGUGUUUGCAUCAUAAAAAUAAUGUGUCGUAAUUUGGUAGAGCUUUGUGACUCCUUUGUUCUAAGUCUAGCCCGUUUCUCAGGUGUUUCUAAUUUGUGCACUUAUAUAAUGUCUUAUCUUCUCCCCAAGCUUUUUGGGAUGUUUUAUGUACUGAAGUCUAUUUAUUGAGCCAA